GGGGAGAGCCGGGGGCUCUAGUGAACAGCGCAGCCGGACGGGGAUCGCCGGCGGGCGGGGAGCGGAGGCGGCCCGGACCGGCGAUCUCCGAAAUGUCACGAUGGCUGUGGCCAUGGUCGAACUGUGUGAAAGAGCGGGUUUGCCGCUACUUGCUGCACCACUACUUGGGUCACUUCUUUCAGGAGCACCUCAGUCUGGAUCAGCUCAGCCUCGAUCUGUACAAGGGCAGCGUUGCCCUAAGGGACAUCCACCUGGAGAUCUGGUCUGUGAACGAGGUGCUGGAGUCGAUGGAGUCGCCACUGGAGCUGGUGGAAGGCUUCGUGAGCUCCAUCGAGGUGGCCGUGCCCUGGGCUGCACUACUCACCGACCACUGCACCGUGUGUGUGACAGGCCUCCAGCUCACCUUGCAGCCCCACCGGGGCCCAGGUCCAGGGGCUGCCGAUUCACAGAGCUGGGCCUCAUGCAUGACCACGAGUCUGCAGUUGGCCCAGGAGUGUCUACGGGAUGGACUACCUGAGCCUUCUGAGCCACCACAGCCCCUGGAGGGGCUCGAGAUGUUUGCCCAAACCAUUGAGACUGUGCUUCGGAGGAUCAAGGUGACCUUCCUGGACACUGUCGUGAGGGUAGAACAUUCAUCGGGUGAUGGGGAGCACGGUGUGGCCCUGGAGAUCCAUGUGCAGAGACUGGAGUACUGUGACGAGGCGGUGCGGGACCCAAGCCAGGCACCGCCGGUGGAUGUGCAUCAGCCACCUGCCUUCCUGCACAAGCUGCUGCAGCUGGCGGGGGUCCGACUGCACUUCGAGGAGCUUCCACCACAGGAAGAGCCUCCAGAGCCCCCCUUGCAGAUUGGCAGCUGCUCAGGGUACAUGGAGCUAAUGGUGAAGCUGAAGCAGAAUGAGGCCUUCCCGGGCCCCAAGUUGGAGGUGGCAGGACAGCUGGGUUCCCUGCACCUGCUCCUGAGCCCACGGCAGCUCCAGCAGCUGCAGGAACUGUUCAACGCCAUGAGCCUUGCGGACACCGAGGGUCUGACUGACAAGCUGAACAAGAGCCGCCCACUAGGUGCUGAAGACCUGUGGCUGAUUGAGCAGGACCUGAACCAGCAGCUGCAGGCAGGGGCUGUGGCUGAGCCCUUCAGCCCGGACCCCCUUAUCAAUCCUCCUCUUAACCUGGAUAGUACUGACCUCUUCUUCUCCAUGGCUGGCCUCACAAGCAGUGCCACCUCAGCCCUGUCUGAGCUUUCCCUCUCCGAUGUAGACCUGGGCUCCUCUGUACACAGCAACGUGACUUCCCACCGGCUUUCUGCCCAGGCCCACCCGGCUGGCAAGGCGGCCCCCACACCCCUCCCGGACACCAUGCGCCCUGACUCGCUGCUGAAGAUGACCUUGGGGGGUGUGACCGUGACCUUGCUUCAGACGUCUGCCCCAUCUUCUGGACCACCUGACCUCCCCACCCACUUUUUUGCCGAGUUUGAUGCCACAAAGGAAGGGCCCUUCGGCUCCCGCGACUUCCACCACCUUCGGCCGCGCUUCCAGAGGGCCUGUCCCCAAAGCCAUGUCCGGCUAACGGGCACAGCUGUGCAGCUGUCCUGGGAGCUGCGCGCAGGUGGUAGGGGCCGGCGGACAGCCAGCACAGAGGUGCACUUCGGCCAGCUUGAGGUGCUGGAGUGUCUGUGGCCCAGCGGCACGUCGGAGCCAGAGUACACCGAGCUCCUGAGCUUUCCCAGUAACUUGGGCUCCCAGGCUUCUGCUCGGCCCUGUGCCCACUUGCGCCACACACAGACCCUGCGUCGUGUGCCCAAGAGCCGACCCCGGCGCUCAGUUGCCUGCCAGUGCCAUUCAGAACUGACUUUGGACCUGGCCGACUUCCAAGCAGAUGUGGACCUAGGGGCCCUGGACCGGCUAACUGCCCUGCUACGUCUGGCCACCACACCCCCCGAGCCACCUGCCAGCCUGCUGACAGAGCCCCCGCCAGCCAUGGAGCAGCGGACGGUGUUUCGUCUCACAGCACCCCAGGCCACGCUGCGGCUACGCUUCCCCAUUGCAGACCUGCGGCCUGAGCGGGACCCCUGGGCAGGCCGGGCUGGGCGGGCUGAGCAGCUACGGCUGGAGCUGAGUGAGCCCCAGUUCCGGUCAGAGCUGAGCAGUGGGCCUGGCCCUCCAGCUCCUACCCGCCUGGAACUCACUUGCUCUGACCUACACGGUGUUUAUGAAGAUGGAGAGAAGCCACCUGUUCCCUGCCUGCGUGUCUCCAAAGCCCUGGACCCCAAGAGCAUUGGACACAAGUACUUCCUGCCCCAGGUAGUGGUGACCCUGAACCCCCAGUCCAGCAGCGCACAUUGGGAGGUGGCCCCAGAGAAGGGAGAGGAGCUGGAGAUGUCAGCUGAGAGUCCAUGCGAGCUACGAGAGCCUGAGCCCUCGCCCUUCUCCUCCAAGAGGACCAUGUAUGAGACAGAGGAGAUGGUGAUUCCUGGAGACCCUGAAGAGAUGAGAACGUUCCAGAACAGGACCCUGGCCCUGUCACGCUGCAGCGUGGAAGUGGUCCUGCCCGGCGCCCACAUCUUUCUGCCCAGCAAAGAGGUCUAUGAGAGCCUCUACAACAGGAUCAACAACGACCUGCUCAUGUGGGAGCCUGCAGACCUGCUCCCCACUCCCGACCUCACCACUCAUCCCCCUGGCUUCCCAGGCCCGUCAGGCUUCUGGCAUGACAACUUCAAGAUGUGCAAGUCUGCUUUCAAGCUGGACUCAGACUCAGAUGACGAGGAUGCCCACUUCUUCUCGGUGGGGACAUCGGCCGCACCCCAGGCCCCAGUGCCUGAGCCCCCAACCCCUCACUCCCAAAGUACCUUCUCUACACUGGUGACAGUGCUCAAGGGUCGGAUCACAGCCCUCUGCGAGGCCAAGGAUGAGGGCGGGAGGCGGCUGGAGGCUAUGCAUGGGGAACUGGUACUGGACGUGGAGCACGGUACCCUCUUCAGCGUCUCCCAGUACCGCGGCCAGCCGGGACUUGGCUACUUCUGCCUGGAAGCUGAAAAGGCAGCUCUCUAUCACCAAGCGGCCGUGGAUGACUACCUGCUGCCCAGUCACCUGGAACUGCCCAGCUUUGCUCCCCCCACCCAGUUGGCCCCCACCAUCUACCCAUCGGAGGAAGGGUUGACUGGGCGAGGAUCCUCGGGCCGCAAGGGUCAGGGCCCGGGCCCCCAGAUGCUGUCCACAGCUGUGCGCAUCCACCUGGAUCCCCACAAGAACGUCAAGGAGUUCCUGGUGACAUUGCGGCUACACAAAGCCACCCUGCGCCAUUACAUGGCUCUGCCUGAACAGAGCUGGCACUCCCAGCUGCUGGAGUUCUUGGACGUGCUGGAUGACCCCGUGCUGGGCUACCUGCCCCCGACAGUCAUCACCGUCCUGCACACACACCUGUUCUCCUGCGCCGUGGACUACAGGCCCCUCUACCUCCCUGUGCGUGUCCUGGUCACCGCUGAGACCUUCACCCUGUCCAGCAACAUCAUCAUGGACACCUCCACCUUCCUGCUCAGGUUCAUCCUUGAUGACUCCGCCUUGUACCUGUCUGACAAGUGUGAGGUGGAGACCCUGGAUCUGCGGCGAGACUAUGUCUGUGUCUUGGAUGUGGACCUCCUGGAGCUUGUGAUCAAAACCUGGAAAGGGAGCACUGAGGGCAGACUGAGCCAGCCACUGUUCGAGCUGCGCUGCUCCAACAACGUGGUGCACGUGCACAGCUGCGCCGACUCGUGUGCCCUGCUGGCCAACCUGCUCCAGUACGUAAUGAGCGCGGGCGACCUGCACCCCCCACCCCGGCCCCCCAGCCCCACGGAGAUCGCCGGCCAGAAGGUACAGCUCUCCGAGAGCCCUGCCUCCCUGCCCUCGUGUCCCCCAGUGGAGACAGCCCUCAUCAACCAGCGGGACCUGGCCGAUGCCCUCCUGGACACUGAGCGCAGCCUGCGGGAGCUGGCCCAGCCCUCAGGUGGCCCCCUCCCUCAGGCCUCGCCCGUCUCGGUCUACCUAUUCCCAGGUGAACGCAGCGGGGCCCAGGCCCCUUCACCACCUGCAGGUGGCCCCUCUGACAGCUCAGGGUCCCGCUCAGAGGCUAAAGAAGAGGAAAAGGAAGAGGAGGGUGAUGGGGACGCUCUGGACAGUGACGAGUUCUGCAUCCUCGACGCUCCUGGCCUGGGCAUCCCGCCCCGAGAUGGGGAGCCCGUGGUGACACAGCUGCAUCCAGGCCCCAUCGUCGUGCGGGAUGGACACUUCUCGCGGCCACUGGGCAGCACGGACCUGCUACGGGCACCGGCCCACUUCCCAGUGCCCAGCAGUCGAGUGGUGCUGCGUGAGGUCUCCCUCGUUUGGCACCUCUAUGGAGGCCGAGACUUUGGGCCCCACCCUGGCCACAGGGCAAGAGUUGGCCUCACAGGCCCCAGGGGCUCCCCUUCCCGCUGCUCUGGCCCCAACCGGCCCCAGAACUCAUGGCGUACGCAGGGGGGCAGUGGGCGGCAGCACCACGUCCUCAUGGAGAUCCAGCUCAGCAAGGUAAGCUUCCAGCAUGAAGUGUACCCAGCAGAGCCAGCCUCGGGCCCCGCCGCCCCCGGCAAGGAGCUGGAGGAGCGGCCGCUGUCCCGCCAGGUGUUCAUUGUGCAGGAACUUGAGGUCCGUGACCGGCUCGCCUCCUCCCAGAUCAACAAGUUCCUGUACCUGCACACGAGCGAGCGGAUGCCGCGGCGCGCCCACUCCAACAUGCUCACCAUCAAAGCGCUGCACGUGGCCCCCACCACCAACCCGGGGGGGCCCGAGUGCUGUCUCCGUGUCUCGCUGAUGCCCCUGAGGCUCAACGUGGACCAGGAUGCCCUCUUCUUCCUUAAGGACUUCUUCACCAGCCUGGCAGCCGGCAUCAACCCCAUGGUCUCAGGGGAGACCCCCACUGAGGCUCGUCCCGAGACCCAAGCCCAGCACAGCAGCCCCCAGGAAGGGCAGCCCGAGGGCUUGGAGACGACCGCCUCACAGGAAGCCGCGGGGAGCGGACACAGCCCCUCUGCAGAGCAGCAGCCCAUCUACUUCAGGGAGUUCCGCUUCACAUCCGAGGUGCCCAUCUGGCUGGAUUACCACGGCAAGCACGUCACCAUGGACCAGGUGGGCACUUUUGCUGGCCUGCUCAUCGGCCUGGCCCAGCUCAACUGCUCCGAGCUGAAGCUGAAGCGGCUCUGUUGCCGGCACGGGCUGCUGGGUGUGGACAAGGUGCUGGGCUAUGCGCUCAACGAGUGGCUCCAGGACAUCCGCAAAAACCAGUUGCCCGGCCUGCUAGGAGGCGUGGGCCCCAUGCACUCCGUCGUCCAGCUCUUCCAAGGGUUCCGGGACCUGCUGUGGCUGCCCAUUGAGCAGUACCGGAAGGACGGGCGCCUCAUGCGGGGGCUGCAGCGAGGGGCUGCCUCCUUCGGCUCAUCCACGGCCUCCGCCGCCCUGGAGCUGAGCAACCGGCUGGUGCAGGCCAUCCAGGCCACGGCCGAGACGGUGUAUGAUAUCCUGUCCCCGGCCGCACCCAUCUCCCGCUCCCUGCAGGACAAGCGCUCUGCAAGGCGGCUGCGCAGGGGCCAGCAGCCCGCUGACCUCCGGGAGGGCGUGGCCAAGGCCUACGACACGGUUCGAGAGGGCAUCCUGGACACAGCUCAGACCAUCUGUGAUGUGGCGUCGCGGGGCCAUGAGCAGAAGGGACUGACAGGUGCCGUGGGGGGCGUGAUCCGCCAGCUGCCCCCGACGGUGGUGAAGCCACUCAUCCUUGCCACAGAGGCCACGUCCAACCUGCUUGGGGGGAUGCGCAACCAGAUCCUCCCCGACGCCCACAAGGACCACGCUCUCAAGUGGCGCUCAGAGGAGGCCCAGGACUGAACAGGGGCAGCUGGGACCCAGAGGGGCGCUGGCCACCCUCCCUCUCAGCCUACCUGCCACCUCCGGCCAGCACCAGUGUGCCACUGGCUCCCAAGCCUCCUGAGAGCUGCGACCCACAGCCAGGCAGGGAGGGACCUUCGGGGUCAGUCACUGUGAAGGACACCUGCCCGGCUUGCCCAUUGCCAAGCCACCACGAGAGGGGCCUCCCUGCCUUGGGGCCUCAGCCCCGUCUCUGCACUUUUCCUCUGGGGAGAAAGGACUCUGCCCCUCCCUGCUGCCUUGUCCCAGGACGGAGGCUUUUGGACCCUUGGACCCCAACCCCACUCAGCCAAGUGUCUUUCUGUUGUCUUGGGGGGAGGUGGGGGGACAGACACCAUGUGGUUCGAUGUAUGAUUUUUAAGCUCCUUGAGCGUGUGGGUCAGUGUCUGCAUGAAGUGGAAUAAACUGUACCCGCCGCCA